ACUGCGCAGGUUUGCCAGCAGAGCACUUUCGGUACGCAUGCGCCACGUCCUUACGCCGUGUCUGGGCGCCAGGGUCUGUACCGAAAGAUGGCAGAGGUUGGGUCCAAGUCAGUGUUGUUCGUGUGUCUCGGUAACAUUUGCCGGUCACCCAUUGCAGAAGCUGUUUUCAGAAAAUUGGUAACUGAUGAAAAUGUUUCAGAUAAUUGGAGGAUAGACAGUGCGGCUACAUCCACCUAUGAAGUGGGGAACCCCCCUGACUAUCGUGGGCAGAACUGCAUGAGAAAACAUGACACCCCCAUGAAUCACAUUGCACGGCAGAUUACAAGAGAAGACUUUGCCACAUUCGAUUAUAUACUUUGUAUGGAUGAAAGCAAUCUGAGAGAUUUGAAUAGAAAAAGUAAUCAAGUUAAAAACUGCAAAGCUAAAAUUGAGCUACUUGGGAGCUAUGAUCCACAGAAACAACUCAUUAUUGAAGAUCCCUAUUAUGGCAAUGACUCUGACUUUGAAGUAGUGUACCAGCAAUGCCUCAGGUGCUGCAAGGCCUUCCUGGAGAAGACUCGCUAGAUGGUCCCGCCCACCACCAUUGAGCAACUCACUCACCAGAGCCAUGCCCAAGGGUGGUGGCAGUCCUUAGCCCCAUGUCCCACCUCUCUUUUCAGCUGACUUACUGUCUACCUUUAAAAUAAUUGUAGGUGGAAAUUAGGGAUAUGUCAGAAGGAUAAAACUAUCUGAGUAAGACAGUUUGAGGUGAGGCUAAGCAUCCUUAGACUAAGUGAACUUCUCACCUUGCCCUAAUUAAAAUAGUGACACAAGCAAAUAUGGAACAAAAUAGAACACAGUGAAGUAAGAAUGACCUACAGGGUCCAGGUCAGGCUUUGCUCCCAGCCAGCCUGGGUAGUCUGUGCUGACUAGAGUGUGUGCAUGGCCAGCACCCAGGGGAGCCAUUUGCUUGCCUUAUACCUCUCUGUCCUAGACUCCUUAGACAAUAACUCCAUCCCCAUUAGCCUCCAUUUAACACUGGCAGAGUUUUAACUCAGACACACUGAGUGCAUUGAAAUACCUGAAAGAGAGGAGAAGCCGCAUGAGAUAAUGCUGGCCUGCAAUUCCAGCAGGAGUCCCUGGCUGGACAGUGAAGAUGGGGGCAACAGAUUGAUAAAAUUAGCAUUUUUACUCUUGGUUUUUGUCUAGUGUUUUUGAGCUUUGUUUCUAUUUGAGCCACUUUACCUCUUUAGAAAAGAAAAGGUGUGCUUAAAUAGUGGAAUGUUUAUAGUGUUCUUUCAUCAACGUUUUAAAGUUACAAGCAAGCAUAAGUAAUCAGAAAAGUGACCUCAAAUUCAUAUGUCAGAAAAGAAAUGUGAGUUAAACCGGGACAUUAACAAAUAUAACUGAAAUAGAAAUCUGGUGUCUGCCUGCUUUCUUACUGACAGAAUGAAAAAAAUAUGUAAAACAAUGCCUUUAUGUGCCUUUUUACUUGGUCUGUUAAGUUUGUGUACUUAUUCUCAAUAGAAAGUAAAGUGAUAAAAAAUAUAAGCACAUUGCUGUGACAUAUGGUGAGGUAUGUUUAAUUAAGAGACUCUGGAGCUAUCCUUAUCUAUGGGCCAUCUUCGUGUAACUGAUGUUUCCUGCCAGCUUCCUAGCUGAGUAGGUGGUAAAUGUCUGUCUUAGCCCAACUUAACUGGUCACACCUAGUGAUCUCCAAUCCUGGAGAACUUCUAGUUAGAAAAGGUAUCUCAAUGUUUGAAAGAAGCAUAGAUACCUGGGAAUAUGCAGUUACGGGCUUGACCAUAGCCCAUUCUCAAAGGAAGGUGAAAAAGACCCUCUUGAGAAAAGCAACUACCCCAACAUCCCCUUUUCACAGAAAGGCCAUGAUGUCCUGACAAAGACAGAUACUUCACCCAUUAACUUUCUGGCUCCUGUGGGGUUUUGGUCAUAGUUUUCACAAAGUUAAAAACUAGGAGGGCAAAGGACAAAUAGUUAACAAUAAGUCAGAAGCUCUCAUCUUAGUUUGGUAGUUGCUUGAGGAUCUCAAAUUUCUCUUUCACAUUAUAAAGUCCUAUUUUCUUGAAUUUUUAUAUGUAUACCUUAGAUGCAAAUCCUUGGAAUGUGGAAUUCUGGUGGCUACUUUGUUCUGUGGCUGUUCCAAACAAUACCAUGUGUAAGACUCAUAAACACAGACACUUACCAUUUUAAGUUCAAUCUAAUUACUUAAAAAAAAUACAUAGUCAUUAAAAUUUGGAACUGUUCUUGGUGUUCUUAGUUUGGCAUUCUCUUCCAAUUAUGUAGGAAAUAGUGAAUAUGAACUUAUUUGGAGUAUUGUUGACUAAAUGAGACCAAGUAAUCAGGAAUUUAUGUCAUUUAAUACUUAGUGACACACACACACACACACACAUAUAUAUAUAUGUCACGUGUUUGUGUAUAUAGCAAUGAUAAUGUUGUAGAAUAGGCACUCUGAAGACUGAUCAUUAUACCAAACACUUCAUUUAUUUCCUUGUACUUAUUCACAGUAUUUACAUAUUGUACAAUACCUGGAAUGUACUUUUACAGAGGACAAAUGAGACUGGCCUGGGCAUAUCCACAUGUUGAUAUGCCACUGUCUUCAAAACAAGUGAGGUCUUUUUGGUUUUCAUUAAAAUCUUUCAUGCAGUUCCAAACUGUACUUUGGGAGUUUAAUUGUAGAAGUAAUACAAAAUGUCAAAUCAUACUUUACACUCUUAUGAAAAUACAGUUUAAUGUUCUGCCUAGGUUUCUAAAGAAAUACUUGUGGCUCUACCUAAUCCUAAAAGGGAAAUACCUCAUUUUAUAGUAUUAAACAUCAAAUAUGGAGUGCUCUCUCUUAUAAUCUAAGAGUAGCAAAUCUCACUGACAGAUACACUGAUUUGCUGAAUGAAUAUUUGUAAACUGUCAGCAACAUAGAAAAUGCAAAGUAAUUAUGGAAGAAUGCAAAAAUAAAUCUCUGUCCACAGGAAA